CCUGCGCGCUAAUCGCUAUCCCAGCGCUAGUAUUCGCCCGUACUUUGUUCCCAUCGGAUUGACAAGCUAAUAGUAUAGUGUUUCUGGUCUCGUUAUCAUUGCGAAAAAAAUAUACAUCAUUGCUUUGUUCUCUGGUAGAUAUGAGGGACGAGGUGAAGAUGGAUGCGAAUCGGCUAAUCGCCGAAGUUUAUAAGCGGCCAGCGCUUUGGAAUCAGAGGCAUAUCUCUUAUCACAAUCGCGAGGUGACAAACCGCGUUUGGAUGGAGAUUGCAUCGAUAUUCAAGUUACCUAAGCCGGUAUUAAAAGCAAAGUGGAAAGGUUUACGAGAUACCUUUCGAGCAGAACUGAAAAAGGAUCAAGUCUAUCGGAAAAGUAAAUUUCAUCGGAACAGACCGGUAUGGAUUCAUUUCAAAAGCUUACAGUUUUUGAAAGAGCAAAUGUUACCGCGUCCCCCAAUCUGGGAACGAAACAAUUCUUGUCAAGAUGAUGAUCGAAUACCCAGCGAGGGUGAGGGGGAUGGGAUGCUGUUGCAAAACGGGUCUUCGAUGACGAAUAGAAAAGCAGAUGAUCGAGAUGUGAAACAAGAGCCCGAGGAGAAUUUCGACAAUCUCGAGUUCCAAAGUGUCUCCGACAACCUCACGGAGAACGAAAUGAUGUUACAAAACAUUUCACCUGAACAAGUGCUGAUGGGUGACCAUGACACUGGCAUUGGUCUCACGGUAGAUCCCUUGGAAGGCAACCGUUUCGAUGAUAAUUACUAUUUCCUUAUGAGUCUGCUACCCCACAUAAGAACAUUGCCCGCCGACAGAAGAAUGCUGCUUAGGAUGCAAAUGCAGGAACUAGUUUACAAAGAGGUUUACAAGAAAAGUUCCGAGAGUGGAUGCAUAUUGUUACCAGUGAACGAUGAAAAUUCGUUCACUGUAGUCGGUCGAGGGAUCGACGAAUCGGUGAACGUAAGAAAUGAAGUAAAGACGCUCUUCAACCGGUUUAAGAAGUUAUAG